UCUAAAUUCACCAAUUCAACAAAGAAUCUCACUUUUCAGUGUUCAAUUACUAGCAUUCUCUCUUGAGCAAAUCUUCAAAUAGACUACUCUCUGUUUAGUUUUUGAUCAAAAUGGCUGAAGAAAACCAGCAGGAGAUCAAGAUCACCACCCCUGUUGUUGGUGAUCAGGACGUUGAAGCUAAGGAUCGAGGGCUUUUUGAUUUCUUGGGGAAGAAAGAGGAGGAGAAACCACAAGAGGAGGUCAUCGCCUCUGAGUUUGGUGAGAAGGUCAAGGUUUCUGAAACAGAGGAACACAAAGAGGAGGAAGAGAAGGAGAAGCAGCACGGUGGUCUUCUUGAGAAGCUACACCGUACUAGCAGCAGUUCUAGCUCUUCAAGUGAUGAGGAAGAAGGUGAAGGAGAGGAGAAGAAUAAGAAAAAGAAGGAGAAGAAGAAGAAGCAGCAUGAGGAAGACGUAACUGUCCCUGUAGAGAAAGUUGAGGAGCCAGCUGCUUCUGAAGAGAAGAAAGGCUUCCUUGACAAAAUCAAGGAGAAGCUACCAGGUCAGGACAAGAAGACUGAAGAGGCCCCUCCUCCUCCUCCUCCUCCAUCAACAGAUUAUGCAGCAACUACUGAGGCAGCUCAUGAAGGAGAGGCCAAGGAGAAAAAAGGGUUCCUUGACAAGAUCAAGGAGAAGCUUCCUGGGUAUCAUGCCAAGACUGAGGAAGAGAAGGAAAAGGAAAAGGAAAAAGACAGUGCUUCCCAUUAAGAAUGCAACUUCUGUGUUCCUUAGGAAAUGAUGAUCAUGGUCGUCCGUCUUCUUUGUCCAGUUGUUUUCUUUCUUCCUUUUUUGGGCAUAUUGUUUUAUUUUAAAGUUUUUGUCUUUUCAUUCAUGCUUUGUUACUUGUUCUGGUUUUCAUAGUCAAAUACAAUAGCUUGUAUGUGUGCAUUCAUAUA